AUGGAGAGCAAAAGUUUGAAGAUGAACAGCCCACAAGAACAGCUUAGAAUUACAAACAAACCAAACAACACAAGAGGAGAUCAUCAAGAAGAAGAAGAAGAAGAAGACAUUGUUGGAUUUGCAUGGGGUUCAUCAAGAGCUUAUUCAUGUGGGUUUUGCAAAAGGCAAUUUCGAUCUGCGCAAGCUCUUGGUGGCCACAUGAAUGUUCAUCGAAGAGACCGAGCCAAGCUCCGAAGAUCUCCUCCAUUGGGUUCGCCUCAUUUUCAUGGAUCCUCGUCUCAACCCAUUAAGUUUCUCAAACUCUAUGAUUUCUCAAGCCUUAGAGGUGAAGAAGAAGCAGAUGGAGAGUGUAAGAUUUGGAAGAAUGUUAAGAAGUUUGUGAAGGAGAUUGAUUUUCUUGGUAGUUCCAAUGAGAUUGAUUUGGAACUUAGAUUAGGGUUUUAG